AUGAAGCCAAAUUUUAAUAUCCUUUUAAUACUAUCUUUAUUACUCUCAUGCUACUCGCAGUUGAUCGAGUCAUUCUGUGUGUAUAAUCAGUUAUCUGGGGAUCGUGUCACUUUGAGAGUGGAUAAUCCUUUUGUAUCUGCCCCUCCUAUACGUACUUUUAAGAAAGACAUCGUCCAAGGAGGAAGAGUUUGCUGUCCAUAUGAUAAUGCUGAUUGUGUUGCUGGUCUUGAAAAGGAUUCGCCAAUCGAACUUAAGCUCAGAUUUGCUUUUGACCUAAUUACCGUAAAGGAAGCAGAUAGACAGUAUACAGCCUACUGUGAAGGAGGGGGAGGUAUUAUCAUCACAGGAUCAAACUUUAAUGACAUAGAAUCCGCUUGUUACAAAGUCAAUGGCGAUGUUACACGAGACAAACUUAUAGACUGGGUACCUGCAUAA